AAUUUCCAAAAUAAGCACCGAUUGCAUUAGCACCGCUAGAAGAUACAACUGCAGGUCACCUUAUGCAUAAUGCAAUUCCGUAUAUGAGAAGCGGAGGUGUGUCUCUUGCGUGAACUUAUGCAAUUCCAUGAGAAAUCAUGAGUCACUAAAAAUAAACCAGUCGAGUCAGCCUGCAUAUAAACGACUCAUAGUUACUACUGAACUAUCUAUAGAUAUACGUUCAAUAAAGAAAAAGCAAAGUAGUCGCGAUCGCGUUUUUAUAUUGAGACCGGAUAUAAACUUAAAAAAAAGAUACCUCAUAACGGUAUUUAAUCUCACGUAUCAUAGAUUCUUAUUAAAUAUUUCUUAUUUAACUAGCUCAUCCUUUAUUAUCGUCCCACGCGCAAUAUGUGAAACGUAUUCUCGUAUUGUGACAAUAGUUUCAUGCUCGUACGCGAAACUACGACAAAAAGCAAGGCUGAGUCCUUGCUUGAAAUUCCAAUGAAAGAAAUUCUAUUACAUAAGCAAAAGACUACAAUUUCAACGGACCUUGCGUAUCCGGUUUUUGGGAUUUUUAUAAAAUUUUCGUAAUUCCAAUAACCGCCAAAAAGAGUUACCCAUGAUUGAUAUACAAUAAAAAAAUUCUGCCGUUCAAAAUAAAUUUUUUUGUAUGAACUCAAAAAGAAAACAAUCCACGAGAAACCGAAUCAAGCGAAACCGUUCUUAGAUAGCUUAGCCCUGUUACAAGAAAGUAAAAUAAAUAAAAAAAGAAGGAAACAAUUGUCUUUUUUACGGUUCGCUUACUUUAUUAGAAAUUCUAACAAAAAAUAUAUACGUAUAAUGAACGCUCGAACUAUCGGACUAUAUUCCAACUGGUUUAUUUUUAUUCCUCCAUUUUGUCGUAUCACUCGCGUGUACAUAUAUUGUUCUGUUUCAUUCCGAGUUAUUCCAGAAACGACGUGAAGUCAAUUUACACGCGUAAAACGUACCUUAACCUAGUUUAAUUUUUGCAACCAUGUUGGAGUCGUAAUGCGUCAAGUAAUGCGUAACAUCGUACCGUUAACAAUGAAUUACUAUUUUUACAUAUGUAUAUACACAUAGGUAUACCUAUAUUUAUCAAUAGCACAGUAUACACUUAUUUAACGUUACGCUCUACAGCCUUCUCAUAACAAUUUUCCAUGACCUUCUCUUUUACAGCACACUUAAUGACAGUUGUCAUGGUUGCGAAUAAAAUCUGACACCUUGUUGACAGUCGAUUGGCUAAUGUUCUUUUUCCGUGAUAGCCAGAACAGCCAGGACGCUUAGUAUUAAUGGUAAUUAAUAAUUAAGUUAAUCGAAAAGCAAUCAAUUCGUCAUACGUGAAAAGGAAGAAAGAGAAGACAAAAAAUGAGGGAAAUUGUUCAUCUUCAAGCCGGUCAAUGUGGUAAUCAAAUUGGUGCUAAGUUCUGGGAGGUUAUCUCCGACGAGCACGGCAUCGACCCCACCGGAACUUAUCAUGGCGAUUCGGAUCUUCAACUCGAACGUAUUAACGUUUAUUAUAAUGAAGCAACCGGUGGAAAAUACGUGCCGAGGGCAGUCCUCGUGGACCUAGAGCCAGGUACAAUGGACGCCGUGAGAUCAGGACCUUUCGGUCAAAUAUUCCGUCCGGACAAUUUCGUCUUCGGCCAGAGCGGCGCCGGUAACAACUGGGCCAAGGGACAUUAUACCGAGGGUGCAGAAUUGGUAGAUUCGGUCCUGGACGUGGUGCGAAAAGAAGCCGAGAGUUGCGACUGUCUUCAGGGUUUUCAGUUGACUCACUCGCUAGGUGGCGGCACUGGCGCAGGAAUGGGUACACUAUUGAUAUCAAAAAUACGCGAAGAAUAUCCCGAUCGUAUUAUGAUGACGUUCAGUGUAGUGCCGUCGCCAAAAGUAUCCGACACAGUUGUCGAGCCUUACAACUGUACACUCUCGGUUCAUCAGCUGGUCGAAAAUACCGACGAAUCUUAUUGCAUCGACAACGAAGCUCUUUACGACAUCUGUUUUCGUACAUUGAAACUAACUACGCCAACUUACGGCGACUUGAAUCACUUGGUGUCAGCAACUCUGAGCGGCGUCACUACUUGUCUCAGAUUUCCCGGCCAACUGAAUGCCGACUUAAGAAAAUUGGCUGUGAACAUGGUGCCAUUUCCCAGACUGCAUUUCUUCAUACCUGGCUUCGCGCCGUUGACCUCACGCGGCAGUCAACAGUACAGAGCGUUAACCGUACCGGAACUGACGCAACAGAUGUUCGACGCUAAAAACAUGAUGGCCGCCUGCGAUCCAAGACACGGAAGAUAUUUGACAGUUGCUGCCGUUUUUCGUGGAAGAAUGUCCAUGAAGGAGGUUGACGAGCAGAUGUUGAAUAUACAGAACAAAAAUAGCAAUUACUUCGUCGAGUGGAUACCCAGCAACGUUAAAACAGCUGUUUGUGAUAUUCCACCCAGAGGACUCAAAAUGUCCGCCACUUUUAUCGGCAACUCCACAGCCAUUCAGGAACUCUUUAAAAGGGUUUCCGAACAGUUUACCGCCAUGUUUAGGCGCAAGGCUUUUCUUCAUUGGUACACUGGAGAGGGAAUGGACGAGAUGGAGUUUACGGAAGCUGAGAGUAACAUGAAUGAUCUUGUAUCGGAGUAUCAACAGUAUCAGGAAGCCAGGGCCGAGGAAGACGGUGAAUUCGACGAGGAGGAAGAAGGCGAGGGGGAGGAUAAAUGAAUUUAAUUAAAUAAUCAUAAUACAUUGAACUAUCAAGAAUUAUGAGUAUCAGUACCUGUAAUGUUUACGCAAAUUCAUUUAUGCAGUUUAUGUAUGUUGUUUGCCUUUUUUUUGACGUUUUCAAGUAAAGUUAACGUUUUAUUGUGUAA